CAUUAGACAACAGCGCCAUCUAUUGACGAAUGAAAACAAAGACAGGUUCAUGGGUUAGAACAAAAUGGAUGAAAAAGUGAUGUGUAACAGGAAUGACAUCCAGAGAAGUGAAAACCUGCCAGAUAUGCAGAGGAAAAGUAUUCUAGAAAUAGCAGGACAACAGAUCAUUGGUGAUGAAAGUGGCUUAUCUGUUGAAGAUUCUAGCAGUACAGAUAAUAACGGACAGUCAUCCCUAAGGGAGCCUCAGAAUGUAGGAAAGAGUGUACUUGAACUGACCACAAUAUUCCAGAUUAUUGAAAAUAUGUGCUUGAAAUUGAAUGAUUAUGGAGAAGAGUUUGUGAUGAUUAUGGCUAACCCUUACAAACAGACAUCUAAUUAUAUUGGAUCUACUGAGGGGAGACAAUUCAUGAAGGAAAACACCAGUGUAAUGCAGAAUUUUGUAAAACAUUGUUAUAAUGCAGCUUGCAGGUUAAGUGCAUUAAAAUCUGGACAAGAAACAAAUCCAAACAUAGCUGAAGAAAUUAACUCUUCUGAAGUAAAAGAGAUUCAAGGUAGAAAGGAUCAGCUAAAAAAUUCAGCCAUAAGAAAAACAACUAUUGAAUUCUCAGAUAAUAACAGUGAAACAAAUGGAUUUGAAUCAGAUGUAACAGAAAACUAUGACAUGGAAAAAAUUGUGCAAAAUGCAGUUCAAGUUGUUGAUAAAAACUUAGAUGAAUUGAAAAGCAUUGAAGAGGAAAAUACACUGACUAAAAGCACACCUCAAAACAUCAAAGAAUACCCUCAUCCCAAAAAGCGACUCACAAAAAUGAAGGCACAGGAAGUUGAUGAAACAAAUGAUAGCAAAACAUCAAAAACAAUUCUGACGGAGGGAAAUUCAGAAACCCCAUUAGUUAAUAAAAAGACGAGCAAGUCAAAAUGUAUUGGUAAAAGUCAGAAGCAAGAUAAAAAGAAUGUUAAAAACAAGAAUAACAAGUUUGAAUGUAAAACUUGUUUCCUUAUGUUUGAUUCUGGCUCAUUGUUAAAGCAGCAUCUUGUCAAACACAAAACAGACACUUCAACAAAGAUAAUUUGUUCUUGCUGUAAAAAAACAUUUAAAACAAAAUUAAAAUUAAGAAAGCAUAUGAGAACUAAGCAUAUGAAAUAUCCUGCCACGCAGUUCACCAAAAAGACGUUUAUUAGUUUAAAAUGUGAAAAAUGCGGCAAAGUAUUUCAUCGUCAGGAUACUUUCAAAUCACACAUGAAAUUUCAUGAGGCACCGAAACACAAAUGUCAGAUUUGUGAUAAAGCAUUUUAUUUAAAAACCAAUCUGUCCAAACACAAGAAAACCCACAAGAAAAGAUUAGAAUGUCAGUCAUGUCAAGCUGUUUUUACAGAUAGAGAAAAUUAUGAACUACAUAACUGUCAAUCGAACGAUCCUGAAAAUUUUACAAGAACAUAUAAUUCAUGGGUGACAGAAGAUGGCAAACAUGUUUGUGGAAUUUGUCGAAAAGUUUUUACAAAACGUAGAGGACUUCUAACACAUCGUAAACUUCAUUCUAUUAUUUGUACUAGUCAUGUAUGCAAUAUCUGUAACAAAUCAUAUAAAACAAGAAACAGUUUGAACAAACAUGUGAAGAUAGUUCAUUCAGGGUCUCGAGACUUUGUUUGUGAUUUAUGUGGAAAAAGUUUUAAACAACAAGACACACUCAACGUUCACAUGAGAACACAUGACAACAAUCGAACUGAAUAUGAGUGUAAAGUAUGUGGAAAAUUUCUGUCGGCACAAGGUGCACUUAAAGUCCAUAUGAGAACACAUGUGAAUUUGAAGCCUCAUAUGUGUGAUGUAUGUGGAAUGUCAUUUUCACAAAGAGGUAAUCUAGCCAAACACAUGCUGUCACACAGCAACAAUGCUAAUUAUAGGUGUGAACAGUGUGGAAAGGAUUUCAAAUAUCCUGACACAUGGAGAACCCACCAGCGAUCACAUGCUUUAAAAGCAGGUUUAGACGACCUUAAAGUAAUGGCUUUUGGAAAGUUUUAUAGAUGUGAGGUUUGUGAGAAGAAGUUUGCCUCAGCUUCACAGUACAAAGUCCACAUGAGAACUCACACGAAUGAAAGACCCUAUCCCUGUCUUCGUUGUGGUAAAUCUUUCAAAGAAAGUGGUAAAUUAGCUCGGCACAUGAAAACCCAUAAAGGACUUGAACACAAUGAACAUAAUUACAUUUCUAAUUCCAAAGACCAGAAAGACAACACCAGAAGAAGGAAGGACCAACGCUAUGUUGAUAUUGCUAUCAAACCAGGUUAUGAUGUAAAUCUUAUGUUGCCACAAAGAAAUGAAUCUCUGACAAUGGAUAAUGCAAUGCCAUCAUCAAAUCCAAAUCAAAACACUGAUAUCGGCCAACUUUAUCCUGUCCAAUUUACAGAAAGUUCAACAUUCACAGAUGAAGUGUGUAGUGAUACAAGCUCUGUUAUAAAUAAAGGGUCACAACAAGCUCCUCAUACUGGAAGUCCCAUACGAGUGAUUGAUGAUAGUCGUCACCAGUUUCUCAUGCAUCAGCUAACACCAGUUACCAGCCUCAUUAUGGAAUCGGCCGACGGACAACAUAUCCAGCUUCCAAAUGAAAUGUAUGUAAUGCAGCUUGGCAUACCAGAUGAUAGCCAUGUGACAAAUCCAAAUCUCAUAAAUCCUACUCAAGCUUAUUCUCCUAAUAACGAUGUCUUGCAAUCUAAUCAAACUCAUAAUAUGCAUUCAUACAAUAAAUACUUAUAAAUUAAAUACAAGAAAUCAUUAAUUACAAUUUUUUUGCAUAGAUUAGUACUAUUAUAUUACCAUGUUUUUGAAUCAGAAAGUAUCAGAAAGUAUCAACACUUGUUUUAUCAUGUUUUAAACAGCAUGCAGGAUCAUGCAAUCACACAGCUCUAGUUCAUUUACAAUUGCAUGUGUAUUUACUAAUUAAUGAAAUUAAUGAAAUUAAUGUCAUGUAUUGUACUGCUUCUAUUACAUUGAAAGUUACUGUGAGCAGCCUGCUUAAUUGUCAGUCUUUAGUACAACUGUAUUUAAGGAGGCUCGCGGGUCUAAAUCAUUUUUUUUUAUUUUAGGCAAUUUUUUGGAAUGAUUUUUGUACAUGUACCAUAUGAUAAAGUAACAACUUCUAAAGGUAAUUAAUAAAAUUUGAAAUGAAAAAUAAAUGUUUAUUUUUUGUCCAAAAAAUCUUACUCACGCAAGUCUCCAUAAGAAGAUUCUUUGUUUUUUGCAGGCCAUCUGUGAACCAUUCUAACAUAAUUGUUUGCUUUUAUUUGGUUAGCAUGGAAGCAAUUUGUAAAUCAAGGCAACCUAAAUUUUUGUUUUAAAACUUUAUUGCGCAUAUUGUUUGUUUUUGAUCUAAUCUAUAAAAUUAGAAUAAGGAGUUAAUAGAUAUUUUAAUAAGUUUUAUAGUAUGAAAUGUAGACUAUUAAAGAAUUACUAUCUUCUCAAAGUACUACAAAACUUUGUAAUGAUACAGGAGAGAACAUAUUUUAUGCUUAGUACUUCAAUUGUAAAAGCAAUUUAUAAAUUUUCUGAUAAAAUAUUAAAAAUACUCCCAAGCUUUUUUUGUUUAUCUUCAAUGUUGCUUUGAAAUGAAAUAUUGUCAUGUGUGUGAAUUUGAAAAAAAAUAUGUUUUAUACUGUCAUUGAUUAACUGUCUGUAACAAUAUGGAGGUUGAUAAUUUUAAUGUAUUUUUUUUGUCAUGAAAUAUAACAAAUAUUCAACAGAAGUAUUUUUAUUUAAGCUUUUUUCUUUUAAAAAUCUAUUUUAUUCUAAAUUAAAUGGAGUUAUCUGCCUUUGUGUAUCAAACAUCUCUCAUACUAGAUAGAAAUUCAAUACACAAAUACUUUCUGUUGAUGAAAACAUUUGUAAAUAAAAUUUAAUAUUAUUUUUUAGAUUUCAAAACAGGAAGAGAUUUCCCAUGUUUUUACUUAUCAUUAAGUAUCAUCAUUGAUUUCAAUAUUUCAAAAGUUUACACAUUCUUACCUUACUCAUUGUUAUACUGAAGAAUUAUACAGUUCUUAAAAUGUAUCGUGAGUCUUUUUCAACCAAAGAUAAUGCAUGUCAGAAAAUACUGAUGUUAAUUUACAU